CAAACCCUCUCUACUAGUCUCUACCUUUCUUCUUCCUCUUCCGUUACUCGAUUCGGUGCCUCGCUUGCUGGUUUGAUACUACUGUCAAGUUCCUCGCUUUCUCAACUGUUUCUUAUAUGCGAGUUUUUGUGUUUCAUGGUAAGUUAUUUUCAAGGUUGGUGCUUUGGAUAUAAUGACAGAGACUGGUGAUUUAUAUUUAGAGCUUCCCGAAGAUGAUCCCUUCUAUCAACAUAAAAAGAAGCUCUUGAGUUGCAAAGGUUUAGGUGUAAAGGAAACAUUGAGCCUCAGUGGAUCAUUAUCUCAACAGCUCUUGAAUGCUGCAUUGGGAAAGUUGCUUCAGUUUGGAAGAAUAGUUAACCUUGAUAAGGUGGAAGUUUACUUUGGUGAGGAUGCUUGCACUCCAACAGGAAUUUACAGUGUUAGAAACGAAAUCUCAGCUCUUAGCUGGAUCCUUUCGCUUAUACCGGUUUCUUGUAAUAUACAAACUCAUGUCGUUACCAUGGAAGCUCUACGAGCUGCUGUAAAAGGUAGAAUCAGUGAGGUUGUUGAAGCGGAAAGGGAGAAGGCUAGAAUUGUUGAUAGCUAUAGAUGUGAAAAGGUAAGCAGAUUAGUAGAAUGGGGUCAGGAAAAUGGAGUCAAAACCAAAUUGCAGAUAGCUCAAAUUGAUGGCUAUGGACGAGGAGCUAUAGCUAGAGAAGACUUGAAAUUUGGCGAUGUUGCUUUAGAGAUUCCUAUCUCAAUUAUCAUUUCUGAGGAGUAUGUGCACAACUCCGACAUGUACCCUAUAUUGGAAAAAAUUGAUGGGAUUACAUCUGAGACAAUGCUGCUCUUAUGGACAAUGAGGGAGAAGCAUAACCUGGACUCGAAAUUCCAACCAUACUUAGAUUCGCUGCAGGAGAAUUUUUGUACCGGUUUGAGUUUCGGAGUUAAUGCAAUCAUGGAGCUUGAUGGUACAUUGCUUUUAGAUGAAAUAAUGCAAGCUAAAGAGCUUUUGCGUGAGAGGUAUGAUGAAUUAGUUCCUCUUUUAUCGAACCACCGGGAUGUGUUUCCACCGGAGUUCUAUACAUGGGAACAUUACUUAUGGGCUUGUGAGUUGUAUUACUCAAAUAGCAUGCAAAUCAAAUUCCCUGAUGGAAAGCUGAAGACUUGCUUGAUUCCUGUUGCCGGUUUUCUCAACCAUUCGAUACACCCACACAUAGUAAAAUAUGGAAAAGUAGACAUUGAGACGAGUUCUUUGAAGUUCCCAGUCUCAAGGCCUUGCAACAAAGGGGAACAAUGUUUUCUUAGCUACGGAAACUACUCUAGUUCACAUCUGUUAACAUUUUACGGAUUUAUACCAAAAGGCGAUAACCCGUAUGAUGUCAUUCCCUUAGAUUUUGAUGUCAUUGAUGAUGAAGACAUAGAGACUGAGUUUUCUUGGACAACUCACAUGUUACGCGGGACUUGGCUAUCGAACAAUCACAACAUCUUCCACUACGGCUUACCUACUCCCUUGUUGAACUACUUGCGGAGAGCUCAUGGUCUUGUUCAUCAUUCUGAAACAGAUCUAUGGAAGAACUUGGAAAUUGAGAUGGAAGUACUCGGAACUAUCAAAUCCACAUUUGACGACAUGAUGCAAAACCUUGGCGAUGCGGAUUCUAUCGACAGAGAAAACGCUGAUUGGGAUGUGAAAAUGGCGAUGGAGUUCAAAGAGCAGCAAAGAAAGAUAGUAUCUUCCAUUCUUGAUUCAUGUUCUGCAGGUAUCAAACUGGUUCAAGACUUUAUAACUAAGCCACCAGUUUAGCCAAGCCAGAACGAGAUGAGAGUUGGAUCUUGGAUUAUAUUCUUCUUGGUUAUACACUUAUUUCCUAAUGGCCAAGGUGGUUAAAUUAGGUUUUAGUGGUUAAAGAAACUGAAACCACCUCAUAUAGAGGGUGUGACUAAGAUUCCAACUUUGAAGCAUAUACAAUAAUUAUAGUCAAUGAGCAUUAUGGUAGUUUUUAUUGGCUAAUGUUAUGUGGCAACAUUUAGCACUCAUCAUUUUUAUAUAUAUAGUCGCAUUUUUAUUAUU